AUGACUAAGCCAAAGCUUGUGAUUCUGCUGACUCAUCGAGGGAGCUCUGCCUCUGGCGCCAAUCCGGAAGAUGAGGCGCCGAUCUCCGAAAAUCCCAGCGUCGGUCGGAUGUGCAAGCGCAAGCGCAAGCACCUUCUCGACCUGCUGACGCUGGGCCUCUGGUCAAAGGUUGGACGUUUGACGCACUAUGCUUUUGACGCCGUUCUCUUGUCGGCUUUCCUCGCCGGCGUGAAGCGAUCGACCGGCUUGACUUUCAAGAGCGACAAAGUUGCUGGCGAGAACAAGGAAGUCUCCAAAUGGAUCGACAAGUACCUCGGCGUCGGCGAGUGGGUGAUGGACCAGUCGGUUGCCAUCGCCGGCUCCAGCGGCUUCUUUGAGCGCAAGCGAUGA